AGGAGCCUCAUACAGCAACAGCAACAACAAAUCUCACGCCAAUUUCCGAAAUCUCAGGCUCGUCACUAAAGAAGAGCGCCCUUCCUGCCUUCUCCGACUCUGAAGGCGCACGCGAUUCGUCUGCGUCGCCCGCAGCCCCGAUGGACACCGACAGCCAUCCCCCGUCAUUCAUGGAGAGCGACCCAGCCGUCCGCAGAGAGCAGGAAGACAGCGGCGGCCGCGUCAACACGGAUGAGGACGAGAAUGAGGCUGAGGAAGAGCCCGUGACCUAUCUGCGGCUAGGGGUGGAUUAUGAGGUGGACCCGGCUGACACGGAUAUCAGCAUACAGUGCGGGCGGAUACGCAAGUUUGAGAACCUCGAGCAGUGCACCAACCUGCAGGUCAACGGGACGGGUCGAGCAAGGGAGGGGACGUAGCGGAAGAGAGAGGACCACGGCGUCUGCAUGCUUUGUGUGUGUCGGCAGAGUUUGUGUCUGAUAGCGAAUCACGUGAGGGCGUUGGAGAAUCUGGAGCAUAAUAUCCACCUGACGCGCUUGGAGCUGUACCAGAACGCCAUCACGCAGAUCGCAAACAUCAGCCACCUCACCCAGCUCAGGUCCGCAGGAGAGCGAAAGUCACGAACGAACAUAUGUGCUGGUAGCGGUGCAUUUGUGGGCAUGUGUCUGUCUUGUCUGUCCUUGUGGCUGCACUGUGUCUGUCGGUCAGGGUAUUGGAUCUGUCCUUCAAUCAGAUCCGCAAGAUAGAGAACAUCGAGACUCUGGUGCAGCUCGAGAAGCUCUACCUGUCGAGCAACAAAAUCACCAAGGUGAGCGACAAGGCGAGUAGGCAGGCAAACGAGCAGGACAGAGAAUGCGCAGUGCACAUGGCGUCAUCUGAUCAGAUAGAGGGGCUGGACAAUUUGGUGGGUUUGAAGCUCCUGGAGCUGGGCAGCAAUCGGAUACGGGUACGAGCGGAUCAGACAGACCACGCAGCGGCAGCACCAGAUAGAUAGAUGGAGAAUGUGCGAGGGUGACGGUGUGAUUGAUGUCUCUCUUGAUAUGAUGCCUGUCUGUCUGUCUUUCUGUCUGUCAGGUGAUCGAGGGUGUGUCGCAGUUGCAGCAGCUUGAGGAGCUGCACCUGGGCAAGAACAAAAUCACAUCCAUGGUAGGUAUACCGUACGCUCACAUGGGCAAGGACACACAGACAUGGGCCCAUAUCGCAUUGCCUGUCGGUUCGUUUGCCAUGCACCGGUCAAUCAGGCGUUGCCGGUUCUCCCGAGGUUGACCACGCUGACCCUGCAGGUAGGGGAGAGGAGAUGCAGCGCGUCGCUCCUACGAGUGACAGAUGCUUCGCGUUGUUGCUCUCUUGUGUGCAUUUGCCCCUCAGAGCAACCGUCUGGAGGAGUGGGACGCGUCCGUGUUCGCCAACACGGGCCUGCAGGAGCUGUACCUAUCGCAUAACGCGCUCUCUAACGUGCCCCAGGACAUAUGCAGACUGGUACACUACAACUAGCAGCACACAACCAAGGCCUCCAACUCAUCUGUGCGCCGGUCUGCCUCUCCCCGGGUGCGCGAUAGGUGGAGCUGGAAACACUAGAUUUGGCGUCGAAUAAGAUCGGCGACUUGGCGCCUCUGGCGGGUCUGAUGAAAGUGGAGGACCUCUGGGUACGUUAACAGCACGUCACACACACAGCGACUCCUCUCAUGUGAAUGGCUGAUUGGGUGACGAUGGCUGGACGCCUUCACGUGUGUUUAGAUGAAUGACAACGCAGUGGAGGACAUCAAGCAGGUCGAACACCUGAAGGCCAUCACCUCACUCAAAACGGUGCGCAGACGACAACAGUGACUAAACGGGUGCUCAACCCUUAUAUAUCACAUUCACGUGUCGUUCUCUAUGUGCGUAUGUAUGGGGUCUGUCUGUCUGUUCUGUGCGUCCCGUCCACCAGUUGUAUCUGGAGAGGUGUCCGCUGCAGUACAAGCUAGGACCAGGGUAUCGCAUGGCCGUCACAAGCACACUGCCGGGCCUCAACCAGCUGGACGCCGCAGAGGUGCGGGCGACCAUCACGGUGCACACAAGGCCACUGGUGGGCCGGGUGGGGCAGAGAGCUGGGGGCGCCGACAGGAAAGAAGGGGGAGUAGUCAAGUCCAUCAUGAAGAGAUGAUGAGAUGAGUGAGUGGUUGUUGGAGUGAGCGAGGUGAGUUUUUUGUGUGUGGAUAGACGGACAGAAGCGUGUUUAGUGCAUGCCUCCGUGCUGGUGACUCGCCAAAGUUACUGACUGUCUCGGCCGGCCCAUUUAUGCGAUCGAUUAUGAAGAUGCAUCCACCCAUACGACUGUGCAAUCA